UGAGAGUGCGUUUGAGCGUGAGCGUGUCCUGGAAAGAGACAGCAAGGCAGAGUGUGUCUGUGUGUGUUGUGUGUGUGUGCCACACACACAACCAGACGUUCAGAAUUCAGAGGAAGGGGAAGAGGCACCCAAGACUUGCUGACAAACACAUUAUAAUGAUACAUUGUGUUGUGGAUGUGAAAGCGUCUGGAUUAUCAAAUCACCGGAUUGUGAAGCAGAGCAGAGUCUGGAGUACUCACAGUAUCAUCCCUCAACUGGAAUGGUCAGUAUAAUAGUGAAAGAUCACCAGAUGUCUGCUGUCAGCUGGACAUUGCUGUAAAAAAGCCUUGAUGCUCAUCUAACCCACCUUCCAUAUCAUGGAAGUGAGCUCUGUCUCAGCACUGGCUAAUCAGUCAGAGCACAGGAACUCGUCUGUUUUGCCAGGGAGAUCUUCAGAGUACAGCGAUGCAGAGCUCGUGCUGUUGGGUGUUGCGAUGGCUAUUCUGAUUAUGGCUGUAGUCUUUGGUAACGUGCUGGUGAUUACAGCCAUCCUGCGGUUUCAGCGGCUCCAGACUGUCACCAACCUCUUCAUUGCUUCGCUGGCUAUUGCUGACCUCAUCAUGGGUUUGGUUGUGGUUCCCUUUGGCUCCAGUUACAUCCUGCUGGAAUCCUGGCAGUUUGGAAAUUUCAUGUGUGAAUUUUGGACAGCGGCUGAUGUGCUAUGUGUGACGGCCAGUAUUGAAACCCUGUGUGUGAUUGCUCUGGACCGUUACCUUGCCAUCACCUCGCCAUUGCGCUACCCAACGCUACUCACUAGGGGCCGGGCCUUUGCAGUGGUCCUCGGGGUUUGGGCAGUGGCUUCCCUCAUCUCCUUCCUGCCCAUCCAUCUGAAGUUGUGGGUGUCAAGUGAUAAGAAAGCUCUCCAGUGUUUAGCCAAUGAACACUGCUGUGAUUUCAACACCAAUGCAGCGUACGCAGUGUCUUCCUCCAUUGUGUCGUUUUACCUGCCACUGGUAGUGAUGAUUUUCCUGUACUCCCGGGUCUUCCAAGAGGCUCAGAAACAGCUGGAGAAAAUCAGAGGGAGGGAGAGACACUUUUAUAACUUGCAUUACACUGCAGAGCUGAAUUAUCCAAAUGAUAGUCCUGCAAUGAAUAAACUCAGGACAGGAACUGAGGUGGGAGAACAAGCUGUGGGGGACAGACUAAACAUACAGAAAAUGGGAGUUAUAGACACAGGAAAACACUCUGCUACAAAGCGUCUUAAGUUCUGUCUUAAGGAGCACAAGGCUGUGAAAACUCUGGGGAUCAUCAUGGGAACCUUCACAUUAUGUUGGCUACCCUUCUUCAUCCUCAACAUCCUCAUGACCUUCCUCAACUUGGGUGACAUUAAACUGCUUUUCAGACUCCUUAACUGGCUUGGAUACUCCAACUCAGCCUUCAACCCACUCAUCUACUGCCGCAGCCCUGACUUCAGGCACGCUUUUCAGGAGAUUCUUUGUUUGAGGGCUAAAGGUGGCAGUUGGGGAGAAAGAAGAGGAUGGGGUUGGUGCAGGGAGAGAGUUUGUUGCUCCGAACCCCCUGGCAAGACAAAUGGGAGCUCAGACCUGAAUGGUGUUAGGAGGCUUAAUGUUCAGCAAAGGUUAGGGUGGAAGGGCAGUUUUGAGAGCUCUAUUCAAGACAGCUCACUGACUCUGGCUCCUUCAACUUCUUGCUGUGAACAGGUUUUAGAAGUAGCUCCUGGUUCUCUGACAAACUGACAGGCAAACACUUCUGAUAAUGGGAGCUGUAAGGAAAAUCUGGCUUCUGUUGCACAACCAAUUACUGUGGACUUUACAUUGUGUGUAAUAUGUGUGCAUAACCAGAAACAUUCAGUUUGAUUAAGCUCAAAAUGUUAGUUUUGGUUUGGAAUGACUCAACCUUUUGGUCUUUUUGAUUUUAAUAUUGGUCUUUAAUAGUACGUUAUGUGUGUUUUGGUCAGUGUUACUGAAGUUUUACUUGUGAUAACUCUUACUCUUUGCUACUGUAGUCAACUGUAAAUCACAAAGGCAGACCUCACAUCAACAAUACAAUGUGCAAAACACACAUCCUGAAAAAAAUUAUAACCAGACAACAAACACAGAAAAAGCAUUAGCAAACACCAAACACGAGCUUCACCAAACUGCUGUAAGAUGGAUAACUGUAUAUGUUAUCCGAUAACAUAUACAUGAUAUCAGUAGAUUGUAAUGGAUAAAUAGGAGUGAAUUAUAAGAGGAUUCUGCUGUUUCUGUUGAUGUUACAUGUUUCACAGUGAACAGGUGAAAACCUUUUCACUUAUUCACUGUGAUGUAAUGACUAAAUGAUGAAAAAUAUUGCAUUCCAAAAUGUUUCUUCAAAAAGUGGCUGUUGUUGAUAAAAAUAAAAAAUAAAGUAAUAAAAUAAGAAGAUAGGUAGGAAGGUUAGGAAGAGGCAGGUCAUGCACUCCAUGCACCCUCAUGACUGCAGUUCACAUGACAUAAUGCAGAGAUAUAUUACACCAACUGCUUACCACCAGUAGAAGAUUCAGAUUUAAUGAAUUUACUAAAAUCACAUUUGAUUUGAUUGACAGUGACAGUAACAACCCACCACCUGUCAACAGAUUCUGAUUGUACUGGUGUGUGUGUAGCCACACAGUAUAAACAGCGAGAAGCUCUGCAUGUAAAAUAACCAAAAAGUAGAUAGAUAAAAAACAAUGUGUUGUUGUGUUGUGGGAGCCGAUCACUCAAGAAGCUGAAAAAAACGUUUUUAUGGCUCAUGGCUUUUAGAUAUUUAAAUAAAAGGAGUAUUCUUUCAAUAUACAGCCACAAGGCAAGAAGCACAAGUAGAAAUUUAGAACCAUAUCUGUGCUAAUUAUUCAUCCAGAUAAAAGCUCCAUGAAAUAGAGAUUUUAAAAAAACAUUUUGUUUAUCCUGUAGCUAGAAGUCUUAUUUACAAUGAUAAGAUCAUCAACAUUGCGCCUGGUUUUUAUUCCUUCCUGAUAAACCUCAUAGCUGGUCCAAAAUCAUUUUCUGGUGUAUAUUUGUAUAUCAGAUAAACAUCUAAGACUCAAACUUGUGACUAUCAUGCGGUCGCUUUCGUUCAUCAUGUAUUACCUCAAACUAUUUUCCCUCUCUAUCUCUCUAUCCAAACAUCAGCAUCUACCCGCUCAUUCCUUUCAUCCAGCCUGCUUUAGCUCUGUUAUAGUGAACAUCUACAUGACAGAACUUCAUUAUCAUUUUCAUCCACAGUGUACACACUGUAAAAACAGAUUACAGCUCAGAUUACACAGAAGUUACAGUUUUCUUUUUUUACAUUAAUCACAAACUUGGUUGAAGGGAAAGUGUGUUAUAUUUUUUAUUUGCUAAUCCAGAGAGAUAAUGAUAAAGUAUCCCACCUACAGUUAAAAUAAUCUCUGCAGCCCUGCUUUCAUAUGUAUUGAGAAUUAUGUAAUUUGUAAUAAAAAUGACACCUUAACAGGGGUCAAUAAGUGGCAACUGUGUACUGUAAAUGUGAUCUGCACAUGUGUGUUUAUCUGUAUGUGUGUUUUGUGUAUUUGUAUUUCUGAUGUGAUAUUAAUGAUUUGUACUUUUUAAAGCUUGAAACAUGCCAUUGAAUAUAAUUUACUGUAAUGUCUUGGAUAAACUAAAUGUUUUGGUAUUUUUAUUUCAGAUUCUAGUUCUCCAGAAAGAACAAAUGUGUUGUUCUAAUACGUGUUUUGUAUCAUUUGUUCUUCCAUGUGGACAUUGGAUCACAGAGCUUGAGCAGCACUGAAACACAUGAGUCUACACUUAUGUUAUAGUCGUGUGUCCGUCAUGAGAUACUGAGACAAAUCUGAAACUUCCUUUGUCAAAACUCAAGGUUAACUGUGAUAAAUGUAGCUUUUGACCAGAGGAACAGAUUCUCUUUUCUACCUCCAUCAGACUCACAUGAAUGUCAUCUCAUUUCUGUAAACAUUAUUGAGCUGUUGUAUAUUUUUGUGAGGGGGGGGGUGUCUGAUCUUAAUCUGUCAGAAAGAUACUGUUAACAUAACAGCAGACAAAUGAUGAUACAAUCCAUCUACUAAAAUAACAUUCAGCCAAACAAACAUGAUCACUUAGCUGACUGUGUGAUUGGUUGUAAAUAAAAUUAGACUUUUUCUUCAGUUAUUAAA